AUGUCAGCGUCAAGUGAUUUGGAUGCCACCUCCGAUGAGGAUGAGAACCACUUUAGGAGAGGUAAUGGGAGUCUCGUUUUGCAACUCUCCGUUUUGUGUGACGCCUCGUUUGAUCAGCCGCAACGUCCCUUCGGUGAGUUUUUUUGUAGGCCGUCGAUGCCAACAAGGGAAACGUGUACAACAACCCUCCUAGUGAACUUGCUCUGGUUUGCGCGCAAUUACUAUAACUUGGUACUACUUGCCUCAAUGGGAGUGAUUUUAUUUGCCCCACCGUUUGCAUUGGCGGUCUUGUCGGUAAGCAUUACCUAUAUAUUGAGGUCGCGAAACGGAAAAAGCGGAGCACCUUGUACUAGUCCCCAAAAUGAUAUGUUACAGAAGAAGAAAAAAGGGAACCAUCCUACCGUCAUGCUUUUUGGAUUGAUCAGGUUUCUCGUUUUUAUUGGGACAUGCUACGUGUGUGGGUUUCUCUUUAUUACGGUGUGCUUUGUUGGCGUGGUUGCAUUGUGCCUCUUUCAUGCAAUGUUCACACCGUACACCGAUAAGGCCUUCGAGCUAUACAGCGACGUUCUAUGCUGCCGUCGCCUACCAUUGCGUUUGCCGUGUUCUCCCACGAGGCAGUUCACAUGCGUAGAUCCUUCAUUUGAUGCACUGAGUAGGCAAGGCAGCACGGUUAUGUCUCCUCGUGGCGGUAGCUGCAGUAAAAGUAGUAGUCCUUGGAUGGGUACCCGCACGCCUGAGGUGUUGCAUCACUCCUUUUCAUCAUCUUCGCGACCUUCACAGGGGGAGGGAAUACACAACGGGUGGCCGCUGUCAGAAUCCCGCAGGACAGUUUUAAGUACUCAGCGAGGGGAACGGCUAACGGGACGGCGACAAUCACACCUAAGCGAGUGGGGAAGUCGACAGCAGGUGCGGGGGCGUCACAGGUCACCAGCGGCACUCGAUGUUAGUGAUUUUCAGAGCGAUGUGGAGCCGCAUGACAGCUUGGUAUGCGCUCAUGCGGGUACCGUAAGGCUGACGCGAGUGAAAGAGAGUAUUUCUAUUUCACCAAUGGAGCAACAUCUGGAGCGCAAUCUGUCCCGGAUGUGUUCGGGCUUCAGUGGGGAAGCAGUGACGCAGGGGAGUGUGUUGGAUUUAUGUAACGAUGUGUGUAGCGCACUUGAAACCGCGGCGUUAGAGGAUGAGGAAGGGGUUUUCGAGCAAACCACUGCAUCCCAACCGAUCGCACCACCUACUGAAGCUGCACCGUGCCUGAUGUAA